AUGUUGAGCUUUCUGAUUCUGCCGCAACGUCAUGAGGCAAGACAAAGCCAAGAUCAGCUUCAAGUGAUGACAUCCGAAUCAGAAAUAUCUUUGCAAGUGUACACAGAUUCUGCCAACGGAGCAAUAUAUUCGCAUGAGUUGCGCAUUCACUUGGUGAAUAAAAGCAGACAAGAGGCUGAGAAGCUUCUAUCGCAUUGA